AUGGCGGAAGUCUUCCCCUCCGAGGAGAAGACGGAGCCGUUCACCCCGGAAGAGCUUCAGCAGAGGCUCCUCGGAAGCAUACAGGUCGACGAGGUCGACGAUGCGCAUCAAGACACGGUACCCUUGGACGACCUAGUCGUCGAGGAAGAUCACCAUAAGCAAGGCAUUCGUAUUCUGGUCCGGCCGCUGACGCGGAACCGCUCAGUGAGCCCCGGAAGCGACAACAUCCAGUGGUUAGCAUUGCGCGCCGAGGUGGCUGACCCUUCCCAGCCUAUGUCCAGAGUGCUCGCGGUGACUCAGACUUCCAAAGAUAUCAAUUUCUCCAUUAGAAUACCUCAAGGUGAUGACGAGAAUAGACCGCCGAUAUGGUGCGAGCUGUACUAUAACCCUGUCAGCGAUAGCUUGAUCUUGUUGAACAAGUCGGACGUGCCCAUUGUUCUCGCUAGGAUAUCCCAGUCACGUCCCGUCCCUGGCGCAAACCCCGACCAGGAACUCGUCCCGGGUCAUACCAAGGACUUGUCGCCGGGCACAUGGCGAAUCAGCGUCUACACAAUUCCCGUCCUCGACUUCAGAAUACUAGAGAAGCGUCCCGCAAUGCGUCUAAUCCCUGGUAACGCCACCGAGUCGUCGACAAUUUCUAGCUCGGACGUCGUGAACUCUUUCGGGAAGCGAUCCUUCUUACCCGAUGCCAGCGAUGACGAGGUAGAUAGCCCAGUCGCCGAGAAAAGGGUUCGCAAAGAUGACGGCGAAGACGAAGACGGCGUCAUCAUCUUCAUGGGACCGGAGGACAAGCAGCUUAUGUUCCCUCUUCCUAACGCGGCCAAGACGAAGGAGGUUGCCAUACCCAACGGCCACGCCCUCUUGGAGAUCCAGAAGGACGAGACGGCCUCCAUCCCCGGCGGAUGCGAGCUCGACGAGUACCAACUAACGAAGCGCGAGCAGAUCGCCACGACGGGCGCCUCCUCGGUGUUCACCGCGGAACAUUCCAACGUUUCGGAGGGAGUCAUCACAGUGAAGGUACUCAAGACUCGCAACCCUAAUGCCUCGGAUGCUCGGCCGCAGGAGACGCAUCGUAACGUGAUCCGUCAAGCGGACAUCUGGCUGCGCGAGUAUCAGAGCCAAGAGGACCUACGACACAAAUCCAUCGUUCGGUUGUACGGUGGCGACGCACGGUACUUAUCGCUAUACAUGGAGCACGUGGACGGCAAGGACCUCGCGGCUCGGGGCGUGUGGCGCGACGGCGCUACUGAUUUAUUCGUUGGCAACCGCCAUGACGCCGUACGCAUCUUGCGCGACAUCGCUGGCGCUCUGCACUACGUACACCAGAAGCGCAAGAUCCACAACGACAUCAAGCCAGCUAAUAUCCUGUAUUCGCGGGAACGCGGCGCCGUCCUCUGCGAUUUUGGCUUGUCAACUCGCACUACCGAUCCGGCAACUAGUGGCGGUACCCCAUAUUAUGUACCCCCCGAGUUCAUCGGUCAAAAGCUACGUGGUCCCGAAUCUGACGUAUGGGCCCUCGGCGUCACCAUGUUAUACGUUUUACGCAAGAUCCCCUUCCCAGACGCCCGGGGACGACAAGGUCACCCAAAACAGCUCUACUGGAUGAUUGCAGAUAUAAAUCGGAAAGCGCCUCCUUUGCCGCAUAAUCACGGCCAUGCGGGUAGCAGGGUUACAUCGGCCGUCCAUCAGAUGCAGCAGUGGCUCGGCGAGGUCAACGAAGCUAAGGCCCGCCUAAACCAGCGGGAUCGUGUCGAGUUUUUAGUCCGGCAGAUGCUAACACCUAAUCGGAACCAACGCAUCACUAUGGAAAAAGUGAUGAGCGAACUGUUGAAGGAGAACGUAGCUCCCAGCAAGUGA